AUGACUGCGUCUACGUUUUGCCAGCUGAAAUCCGUGUCGCUGGGAAGCGAGCUGCGAAGCUCUGAGAAGAAUGUUACUCUGCGAAGCCUCGCUUCGCGAGACUUGCUGAAUCAGGCUAUUUCUCUCUCCUGCGAAUCCCGCAGCUUUAACGCAACGGCAGUUCCCCGCACUAAUGUCGUUUCUGUUUCCGCGUCCGCCAUUCCUCCAGUAACCGCCGCUUCCGCCGCGGCUGUAACCGCGUUCCAAGGAACGCCCGUACGUACAACGAGUGUGCUUGUCGUGGGAGCGACGGGGACUCUGGGCCGUCAGAUCGUUCGCAAGCUUCUGGACGACGGUUUCGAUGUGCGCUGCCUCGUGCGGCCUCGACCACAGCCCGCGGAUUUCCUCCGUGACUGGGGAGCUACUGUCGUCAAUGGCGACCUGACACGGCCAGAGACCCUCCCGGCGGCUCUCGUGGGCGUGCACACCGUCAUCGACUGCGCGACCGGCCGUCCCGAGGAGCCGAUUCGCACCGUCGACUGGGACGGCAAGGUGGCGCUGAUUCAGUCGGCGCAGGCGAUGGGCGUGCAGCGGUACCUCUUCUUCUCCAUCCACGAGUCGGAGCAGCAUCCCGAGGUGCCGCUGAUGGAGAUCAAGAAGUGCACGGAGAAGCUGCUGGAGCAGAGCACGCUCAACUACACCACCAUCCGCCUCUGCGGCUUCAUGCAGGCGCUGAUUGGCCAAUACGCCGUGCCGAUUCUGGAGGAGCAAUCCGUGUGGGGUACAGACGCCACCACGCGCAUCGCAUACAUUGAUUCGCAGGACGUGGCUCGCAUGACCAUGGCUGCCCUGCGGAAUGAGAAGACCUACCGCAAGACCAUCACCCUCGCUGGACCCAGGGCGUGGACCACGCAGGAGGUGAUAGCGCUGUGUGAGCGCCUGGCAGGGCAGGACGCCAAGGUGACGACGGUGCCCGUGGGCGUGCUGAAAGUGACGCGCAAGUUCAUGCAGUUAUUCCAGUGGACGUCUGACGUGGCAGACAGGCUGGCGUUCUCUGAGGUUCUCACAAGCAACGCUGUCUUCUCAGCGCCCAUGACGGAGACAUACAAGAUGCUGGGGCUGGAUCCCAAGGACACCACCACGCUCGAGCAGUACCUGCAGGAGUACUACACCCAGAUUCUGCGCAAGCUUAAGGACUUGAAAGCUACAUCCAAGCAGGGCGAUUACUACUUGUAA